AUGACUGAAGAACCAAGGAAUAAUGAAAAUUGUGUUACUUUUUUAAUCUCCUUGGUUGACCGUGCUAUUCGACUCGGUUCUACUGUAAUUAACGAUGGCUUAUUGCUCCGUCAGUUGGUGUAUGUUUUUCAGCUUUAUUCAUUUCCUGAAGGAGAGCCAGAAUUCAUACGAAACCUCAGUCCCGAAUUCCUAGCAACAAAUGAAACUUAUCGUCACAGACUUGCAGCGUUUAUCCGUCGUGACUUACGUGUUAUAGCUCCAUGGCUGGCAUAUGAUGUUUCUCAUGGUUCGCAGAGUAAUAGUGAACAUUUCAGUGUUGAAUCUUAUAAUGCUGCUGUGACAACGCCCCUUAUUUAUGGUGCCCCUGGCUUGGAAGCUGAAACAAGAGAAUUAGAUGGUCUGACUAAUUUGGUCCUCCAACACAUAUGUACAGUUCACAUUACAAAUCAGCAAUCGAUUGUUGAUCUUCUGGGGAGUCAGCCUGCUCUUCAUUCGUCACUGGUACCCACUGCAUACCUUCGUCAUUUUGUUUCAGAAGUUUUACAGUUUGCUAUGUUUGAUGGAACUAUAGAGCAGUACGACCGUGCGGUUUCUUUACUUCAGCGUAGAAUAGGUCAGGCUGGAUUAUCAAAUGAAAGAGAACCAUGUAGGCUUUAUCAACGGCUCUCUUUUGAUCGCCGCUUAGUUGUGUAUGUUGCUGCUAAUUCUCGGGUUCAUCCCCGUACAGGUUUUAUUCAACCCCGGGGUUUUAUCUAUCCUUUAGCCAAUUGGUUAUUACAAAGACUUUUUGUUCAUACCGUAUGUGAUAGUCAUCCCGACAUUAUUGCCGAAACAGGUAAUCGGCCCAACUCACCAAACAUAGUGUAUUGUUCGGGACCAUUACUUGGAUGUCAUUCUUAUUGUUGUCGCCUAACAGGUACUGGUUAUAGUCUUCUGGAAGCCAUUUUUUCUCUCUUCACAUUAAGGAGUCAGGUUUCGGGAGAAACUACGAAUACAUUACCUGAUGACACUGUUAACACUCCCAGAAUUUAUUUCAGCCAGCUUUUAUACCAACGCAUAUUGAGUGAAUGUAUUGAUCACGCACGCUUUAGUGAAGCUCUAAGUACGCAUUUCAGUCUGUAUAAUAAUUGCUUCCCCGUGAUACGCGUGACACCUCAAAGUUCAGAAGGUAAUCCACCUAUUUCUGCCUCCGCUCAUCGUACUGACAAUACAAAUUCCGUUCGUAAUGUAAAUAACAUCCCAGUAUAUUCUGCCCACUUGAGAUCAGCUUUGCUGAUGUACCCACUAGCAUUAAGACGUCUGGAUGGUCUUCUUCUUCUCUUCUCAGCAAGAGUCUCUGGUUUAAGUAAUGAUCGAGAGCGAAUGGUCAGCGAAUUGCUUCAUAUGCCGCUGUUGUCACUGAACAAUAAACCUUCAACAGUUAUUGAUCUCACAAACUCUACAACUGCAGUUAGCGGAUCACAAACAAUUUUAACGCGCUCAGAAAGUCAACCACAAUCCUUGCAAAGCGUGAAUACUACUAGAGCACCUUACGCUUCAAGAUUGUCAUUUAUCGAUGGGGAAUUCCUAACUCAUGUCGACCAUUCUUCGAUUUCGUCAAAUAGUACUCAUGUGGUUUGUAGUGAUAUUAAUUCUGUUAAUUCGAAUUCUGCUGUAUCCAAUCAACCGACACCUAGUAACACAUUUUGCUUUCAAGAUAGUCGAAGUUCUUCUUUAAGAACACUGGCUAACGAAACUAUCUCAAUUCGAAAUUCAUCCAGUGGCUGCCCUGAAACAGCCCAAUAUCUUAUUAUAUCUUCGGAUUCGUCUGAUGAAGAAGUGACCGUCCAUCGUAAGGUUACUGGAACUGCUGUUAAACUCAUAGAGACAACUUCUGAUGAAUCUGAACAUGCUCAAACAACACAGAAUAAUACGGCUAGUCAUUUUGUGGUUACAUCCAAUAACUCAGUUGAUAAUACAGAAGAUACUACUAAGGAAGGUUCAGUCAACUUAUCGCUUUCAUGUACUCGUAUUUCAAGUAGUAAUCGGGCUGAUUCAAUCACUAAUCAGCAGUCAUCCAUAACUGGUCAUGAAGAAUCUAUGAAAAUCUAUGAAGCAUCCGAAACAGUUUUUCCAUCUUCAUCAAAAGAUUGGAAAACAUCAAUGACUGCAAAGUAUAAACUUUCAGUAACUGACGGUAGUGACACAACACAAUCACUUUCCUCAGAAAAUACUAGAACUACAGCUAGUGUGUACGCGCCAACUACCCUGUCUCCUAGAAAUUCUUUGAAGCUUUAUUAUCACUCCCUGACAAAACGUCCAUCAUACUACCAUCGUCGUAAACGCAAGUUGGAUUUCAAUUUAAAUCACUCAGAAAGCACGGAUAGUGAUUGUGAACUUGUUGGAGAAUCAAUAAAGAUAUGUGAUGAUUGUUCCUGUUCCGUUUCCGAAACGAGUUCGUCUUCCUUAGAUGGUCCUCAGAAUGCUGCAAAACUCAGUCCUACACUAAUUCAUUUUUGCAGUCCAUCCAAAUGUAAAAGCUCUCACAAGAAACAUCAUAGUUAUUGUAACCAUCAUGAGCGAUCAUGCUGUUGCCACAAUCAAUCAAAGUGUCGCGAAAAAACUAUCAUUCAGAUCCCCGAUGAACUAAUUUACUUGAAUAAUCCAACUUCUCCUGUUGUUAUUUCAGAUGAUACUGAUGAUAUUACUGAGUCUCAUAAGGUUGUUGGUGGAAAUAGGAUUGAUUCAAUACACGCCAAUCAACAUAUUUAUUCGGAGAACCAGGAAACUACUGUGUCACAACUACCUCAUGUUUCCGUCAUUAAUGUAGGCACUUCGCUGUCAUUUUCAGCUGGAACAGGACGCAGUGCAUCGCCUAAUCAUUGUCAAAAUGAUUCUGUUUGUUCUCACCAGACUUAUAAUAUAAAUUCCGGUUCUGAACCACAUGUUAGAAUGCUUGAACCUUCUACUGCCGAUGAUUUUUAUCGCGUGCUUGAUAAAUAUGCCAGUCAAAGUUAG